AUGCGCUGGAGACUCCGUCUGGAACUCUCGAUUGAAGUCGGGGCGCAAAAUUUCUUCCAACCACAACCGAUCAACGCAAUGGUGGAGUCUAAUACCAUCUCACUCGGCACCCGAGCCUACUAUAUGCACUCGGCUCUUAAGGACUGGCCGGACAAUCUCUGCCACAAGGUCCUGGACAAUGUGGUGUCGGCCAUGGAACCGGGAUACAGCAAGAUCUUGUUGAAGGAGAAUGUGAUUCAGGAGACUGGCGCUUACCGGGAAACUACAAGUUUGGAUUCGAUUAUGAGGCAGAUCGGUCAGGUGGGCGCAUAG